ACGUCAGAGUUGGCAUGUGCGAUUGAGUCAUUGGUACAUGAACCACAAGGCCAUUAAUGAACUUGAACUUCUGUUCAAUCAGAAUCUUCAGCAAAUAUCAUCUUGGCCUACUUGACAUCUAUCUUCAACAAUAGUUUCAAAUGUGUUCUCUGAUUGCCUUCAUCGGUAAAAAAAAAAGCAUAAAUGUCCACUUUGAAUCGAAUGCAAAAACACUGAAGCUCCAUUUCUUUAAGUUAAAAUUAUGAAAAGACUAGACAGCUUUUGCUGCCAGUCAGCAAUUAGUUAAUUAUCAUGCAACAUUAAUAACAAAGUAACUCUGGAAGCUGGUAAUAACACAAGUUUCAUCCGUAUUGGUUGAGAGCUCUAUCUUAUCACUUGACCUAGUGUUGACCGCUCUUGACCUGGAUCAAUGUGAUGAUGCUCCUUUACUUUUUAGUUUUGUUUUGUACCGUUCAAGAUUAUUGGCAUGGCCCUCAAGACUUAUUCAUGUCGUCUUUGUCACAGCCUUUUGUAAACCUUCUUCCAAAUGUUGUUCUUCAUUGCCAAUUACAUCAACAUGCAAGAUAAAAUAAUAAUUAUAAUAAUUUGAUUCUAAAUGCAGUGUGAGGGGGUGGAGGGUCAUGCUGUGCAGUUUCUUCCUGUCAGACCACCAAUUCGUGGUGGCUUGUGAUGAUACUGUUCCUUAAAUUUGACUAAAGCCCCCCCACCCAAACGUGUAAAACAUCAUCACAGAGUAAGGCAAAUGCCUCUAUAUUUAAGGAUGAAUCCAUCAUGCCCCCUUCCACGUCACAUAACAGCACUUUACAUGGUUGCUGUUUUAAGCAGCAUAGCGUUAUUCAGUCAAAGCAUCACUAUUGUUGGGGCUGACAUACUUGUUUACUGUGAGGAUCCAUUCCAACAAGUUGAAGUUGAGUUUCGAGACUUGCAAGCUCGCUUUGGUGAUUCUCUUCCACUUCAAGGUCUUGAGGGCUAUCUGGUGUAUGCAGAGCCAGCCUUAGCAUGUGGUCCAGUAAAACCACCACCGAAAGUAGACAACAUAACUACAGAAAACUGGAUAUUACUCAUCAUGAGGGGUGAAUGUACUUAUGAGACCAAAGUCAGAAAUGCACAAUCAAGUCAUUACAAAGCUGUCAUAGUUCACAAUGUCAACUCCAGCGACCUUGAACCAAUGUCUGCUGUAAAUAGCUCUGGAAUCAACAUUCCCUCCGUUUUUGUUGGUGAACACACUGGGGCUUUCUUGAAAGCUAAAUACCUGUAUAAUGAAACAUUUCCAUGUCGUCAUUAUGUUUUGAUAAAUGAUGAAAUGCCAUUUAAUAUCAACACUCAUCUUCUACUUCCAUUCGCCACUGUUGUUGGUAUAUGUUGCCUUAUAAUGCUUACAUUCAUGGUUCUGAAAUGUUUACAAGAUAGACGCCGUCAAAGAAGACACAGACUUCCUGCUGCAUCUUUGCGUCAAAUACCUACAUCAAAGUUCCAGAAGGGAGAUCCGUAUGAAACAUGCGCUAUUUGUUUAGAUGAUUACCAGGAAGGAGAGAAAUUGCGCAUACUUCCUUGUUCUCAUGCUUACCAUAGCAAAUGUAUUGAUCCCUGGUUGACGCGAAAUAGACGUGUGUGUCCAGUAUGUAAACGCAAGGUGUUCGCUCAGGAUGAAAGAAUGUCUGAUUCAGACUCUGAUACUGAUGCUGAUGAUACCACUCCUCUGGUUCGUGGUGGGCCUCAAGGCACUCAAGGAGGAACAUUUGAUAGACCUACGGGAAAUGCUAUUUUGAGUUCAACUGCGUCUCCCAGUUUAUUUGGGAGCUCAUACUCUUCUAUCGCAUCUUCUUCAACGUCAUCAAGGAGUGGCAGGCCUCAAGCUGAAGAAGGUGCAGCCACUUCGUCGACUGGAAAUGAAACUGUACCAGGUGGCACCAGUCAGCACCUCAAUUGGAUAGAGAGAAUUGUUAAUCAUCGCAGACUUAAUGCUCAAUCACAAAGACGUCAGCAUGACACCUCUACUGUUGCACCCACCGAAGAAGAUGUUUCUUCAAGCUCAGCAGGAAGACAAGAAGGAGACAGUCAAGAAACAGUGACAUGCUACAACAUGUCUUCAGGAGAGCAUUCUAUCAACAGUCAACCCACCGAUUUGGACUUUUCAGAUGAUCAUUUUGAGCGUGGAGGGCUUCCAAGCCAGUGGGGCUCCCGUGUGGCUUUGCUGGGUAGUAGAAGUGAAGCAGAAGGGUGUGUUUUAGAUGAAACGUGUGAGGGUGCUGAAGAAGCAGAAGAAGUUCCUGGCUCUUGGUCUGCUGCAGGUCUUCCAACAGUGUCUGUAAGGUCUUCAUCAAGUUCUCAGAGGUCAAACUCCAGUGAGCGCAAACCUGCAGUUGUAUGAUUGGUAACGAGCUUCUAUUAUUACUUCAAACUAAGGACCAAAAGAGUAAAAAUAAGUUAUCAAUUAUGGCUUGUUUGCUUCUGAAAACCUAAUAUCUUGCCCACGAAUUUUCAUUAAAUUGCAUGAGAUAUUUUCAGUAUGGUUCAAUUAUUACUGUAUUGUAUGAAGUGUGGGAGUCUUAUCACUGUGUACUCCCAGGUUUUUUCAAUACCUUUUCAGAUUAUAUAUUCGAUCAGAUAUAUUUAUUUUAGGUAAGUUUUCUAGUCGCAUGUGUUAUUGAUCAACAAUUGUAAUUUUAUUCAAGGAAUUUUAUUCAAUGCAUCUUCUUUUCUGAAUCUAUAAUGUAAUCAGUCGCUCAUUCCUUUGUUAGUUCAUUCAAAUUAGUGUGCAUGUGUAAAGCUAUAUGGAGGUGUUUUUGUAGAAAUUCCACCCUUGAAGCCUUCAGUUAAUUAAUGAUCUGUUCCAAAGGAUGAGUUGCUCUGUGGAGGUGAUAUUGUAACUGUGAACUGAACUAUCAGGUGACCUCCAAAGAAAUGGCUUUUUGUUCUAACCCACCAUCCGUCCAUUGACACAGAUCAGUCAUACUAUACUGCAUUAACAGACAUGAUAUCCUCUGUUUCUUGUGAUGUGGAGGAAUGACUAGUACCAGACACAGCUUAACAAACAUCUUAUGAGUUAAAUUUCAAUUAUUUCAAUGGUACAAAAUCUAUGAGAAAGGGUUAACUUCAGUCUUCUCCCAUUAAGACAAAGUAUUUUACUGUUUGUGGUAAAUGAAUCAGCUUCUCAUAAUGUUUGAAUUUGUUGUGGUGGGUAUGAAUCUUCCUUCACCUGUAAUUGUGAUAUGUUGUUUAGGUUUUAGCAAGGUCAAGUAUGGCGUUGAUGUUUUGUUUUGACAAGGUGGAUGGUAGGAGUUUUCAGUCUUGCCUUCUUAUCGCUCUGAAGGCAUUCCAAAGCUUUUAUUUUCUCCCAGCUACAAGAAGUGUAGCUUUACUUUAAGGAAACAUAAUGAGAGGUUCCUGUUGGACUAGCUGCUUUGGUGCUUUUUAUAAUUACUACUAAAAAUGAACUUCGGCAAAAACUUGGACAGUUUAUAAGAAAUUUUGUUUGGAAAAUUAGCAAAGUAAAGCACUGUUUUAUCAUUUCACUUUAACUCAAAACUCAUUAUCUAUCAUACUGGCACCUUCGCUCUGGUGUCCCUCUUGUAAAAUAAUCUCAAUUUUGAAAUGGGGCUGUCUGAGUAUAAUAAUGUUGAUUUUAACUGGUUAUGUUUGAUAAACUUAAUGUGCUGUUAUCGAUAUGUUUAUAUAAGUCUCUUAUUUUUAUCAUUUUUCAGUUAAUAUUAAUCAGAUAAUACUUGUUAAUUGAUACCGUACCUCUUGUGUGUUGUUUGUUAAAAUGUAUCUAAUGCAGUCACUUUAGAAUGAUUUGGGCUCACACAAAAGAAAGACAAAAACUUCACUUCGCUAGGCUGAAGCUGCAUAAGAUGCUAGGGAUUCUUCCAACUAACCUGCGAGUGGUGUGUGCUGUGAACUACCAUAGUUGCUUGAAAAGCUCCCAGUCCUUUUUGAUCUGUGAGUGCCUUUCAUUCUAAUAAAACAACUGUACAUAUUAAGUUAAGGAGCUGUUACUGCUAAAUGAUAUUUUUGUAUUAUGAUAUUUUCCUCUUUUUUUCCUUUCGUAACUAUAUUGUUUCUGUCUGAUGAAAUUUAAAGACCACCUAGUAAUUUUCCCUUUUUGCUACAAAUUUCAUGUGUAUUAACAUCUUUGUAUUAAAACUGACUAAUUAUUUAGAAUGGUUGUCCUAUUGAGAGCUAAGGCCUUUAGUCAGAAUCAUAAUUUCACUGUGUAAAUUUUGUGGUGACAAGAGGUUUUUAUCUUCUUUACAUAGAUAUGAGAGUAAACUCUUUUCUACAGGAUUAACAUGGCACAAGAGAAGUAACUUUCUCCUACCUGUGUUCAUGUAUAGUGCUUUUAUGCGCUUUUAUGUCAUUCCCCCCCCCCUCCCCCAAAGUCUUGUUUUCUAAAUUUUCUGGCAGUGCUUAAGAAACAAGUGACUUUCUGACCAAUUAGUGAUCUUAUAGUUAAUCGUCGGCCAUUUGGUUUCACAAUUUUGUCUGUUUUACCAGGUUUUGUGAUAACCACUGUGCUCAUUGUUUCAUUUCAAGACUCGGACACAUUAUUGAGCCUUUUGUAAAUGUUAUCCUAGUAUUGAUGCAUGGUUGAUACUUCAUAAGAACUGACUCUCAAUAUAACAUUGUCAUUCUUUCAUUGUUACCCGGUAAAUUAUACUAACUUACACGGAUUUUACUGGAUGUUGUUCAAUUAAACAACUUGCUUUGCUGUCAAUGCCAUGCAUGCCCCAGCACCUUGAAGUUCUUUGUGAUGCAGAGUUAUACAGCUUUUAACGAUGGCAGGAUUGUGUGUAAGGUUCUGUGAUUAUUAUUAAAUUUUUUAUUUUAGGCAGUAAGAGAAGUCAGUGCCAUUUUACCAUGGUGAGUGACCUAAAGAUGAAAUGGAACAAAUUUCAUAGUUCAUUUCAUGGUAAUGUUUCCAAUAUUGUUUAAAAAAGGCGCAACUUAAGUGUUAUUAUUUAAGAAGGUUGCUUCUAGAUGCUUUUACUCUUUGUUGCCUUAGGGUGAGGCAAUAGUUAACUAGAAAGAAUUAAAAACGCAACUUGAUAGGCUAGCUGCUACUACUAUGAUUGCUGCCCAUAUUUAAAUCAGGCAAGUUUCACCUAGCUUUGUAGCUGUUCUUUGUGUAUUAUUGUGAUAAAAUCUUGUCUAUUAAUAAAGAGAUUAUGACCUCA